AUGGAGAACCGCGCUGCCCACAAGACCACGGAACCGGAGGCGUCCCGCCGACUGCCGGCCUUUUUCUCGCGGUUUUUUCCAGCUGGGAAUCGGCGGCCCGGCCCGUCCCGGGAAAACGCCUCCGCCAACAACGAGAGCAGGGCACCGGAGGCGUCCCGCCGACUGCCGCCCUCUCCCUUGCAGUUUUUCCCAGAUGGCAGCCGGCGGCCCGGCCCGCCCAGAGGGAAUGUCUCCGCCUACAACGCGACCCCGGAACCGGAGGCGGCCCGCCGACUGCCGCCCUUCUUCUCGCGGUUUUUUCCAGCUGGGAGCCGGCGGCCCGGCCCGCCCAGGGAGAGUGCCUCCGCCUACAAAAAGACCAGGGCAGCGGAGGCAAAGACGUCCCGCCUGCCGCCCUUUUUCUUUCGUUUUUUUCCCGCUGGCCGCCGGCGGCCCGGCCCGGCCAUGGAGAACGGCGCAGUCUACAACGAGACCACGGAACCGGAGGCGAAGGCUGCCCGCCGCCCCCCCUUCGGCUGCACCCUGCGGCACCUGCGGGGGUGGCGGCUGCCGGUCAAGGUGGUCCAGACGAUUUUCUCUUUUGUGGCUGUUGUUUGUGAAGAAAUUGUGGACUAUUGCAUCACUUGUAGUGGACUUUACUUCUUUGAAUUCACAAGCUGCAGUGCCUUUCUUUUGAGCCUCCUGAUUCUGUAUGUGUAUUGCACUAAUUUGUAUGAAUCACUGGGGGAAGAUAAAGUGCAGAAACUGAAUUUUUGGGCUGUGCCACUCAUAGGGGCCUGUUUUCUGUUAGCAACAAUAGUGUUUUUUGCAACCAACGCUGACUCUGCUGUUGAAAUUGCUGCAUGUGUAUUUGGAUGUUUUGCAAGUUUUGCCUUUGCAGCUGAAUUUGGUACAGAGAUCUAUCUCAAGCGAAAACAAAACAUUGGUGGACGCCCUGAAAAUCCUGGUAACACUCCGAGUGCCACAGAAAAUCAGCCAUUGAAUAAACGAAGCUAACUUCCUGAAAUUGUUUCUUUUUUUCUUUUUUUUUUUUUUAAUUGGAGCAAACAAAAAUGAACUUUCACUGCACUGUAGAUCACAACUUCUGUUCCUUUGUUCUAGUCAAUUUUGUUUGCAUUGCUCAUCACAAAUUUUAAGGAUUCUUGGUCAGAUAAUGGCAUCUUGAGCAUCAUGUUCUAAGGUAACUGGUGUUGCCACCUGCUGGGGUGACAGGCACUGAAAAACCUUGGGUCUAAGCAGAAUAACUUCAGGACAGCAGUGUGCUGAUUUGAUUUUGACAGAUAUGACUAAUAAAGGUUAAUGUCUGAGGCAUAAAUUCUGAGCUAUAACCUAAAGAUAUUUCCUGGUUAAAUGGACCAGAUGUUUCUGUUAUGAGUUAAAAAUUAGCACAGCAGAAUUAAUUUUAUACUUCCUGGUCAAACUGAAUGCAAAAGGGAUACCUAACUGGAAUUUAGAGGAAUGUUUAUCAUUAAGUAAGGGGUUUUGGGUUGUUUUUCCUAUUCCUAUGUCUCAGUUCUGUCUGUGGAGAUCAGUUUAAUGGUAUAGUGACUGUAGGAGGUUUAUGGGGAAGGUAAUAUAAAUGGUAUAUUGAGGAGACAGUUUUACACCCCAUGAUUGUCAAAGUUUGCACUUGUAUGCCAGAAUCUUCUUUCACAUGGUUUUGAAAGCUAUAACAGUUGCAGGAAGAAACUUGAAAAGCCAGCAGUGAGAGGAAUAAGAUAAAGUAUUUUGCAUGGAGCAACCCCAGAAGUAGCAAUCUGAGUAAGGAAAGAACCUUACAGCAUGUUGAUUCUACCCUGAUGAGUAUUACUUGCAAUGUUAAUACCAUAUGCAGCUUGUUUAUGUGUAGAUAAUGCUAACUUUUGCCAGAAUGGUUUUGAGCCUCACCAUUUUCUGUGUUUAUAAAUAUUGCAGUCGCUUGAGACUCCUUGCUGCUGACUAGCUCAGCUGGUAAACAGGUAAAUAAGCACUUGUCCCCUUGGUUUGUUUUGCAAGCAACAGUCUGCAGGACUGCAAGGAACACUAUUGAUGGGACAUGUAUCUAUCGGACAAGUGACGGUUGUGUCACACCAGAUGUUGAUGGCUGUGAAAGAAAUGAAGUGCUAAAAAAGUAUUUUUCUGAUGUCUGAGGUAAAAGCAAGACUGCUCUGCCUCUCUUAAGAGGAAAGCCUUCAAAAGCAGGGCAAAUUACUGUAAGCCAGGAGAUAUUCUAAAAUGCCAAAGCAAAUGAGAAAAAGCUGACAAUGUUUGAGUGCUUGAGACAUUUGCCGUGUCUCCCGUGUUUGCAGGCGUUAACUGCAUUUCACUGAUAUCCCAAUCUGGCAUGUUCCCAGUCCUGUAACCUGUUGUGGCAGCACUGAGACCAAUCCCCCCAGAAACUGGCUGAGCUGUAUUUGGGAAAGGAAGAGGAAGCUGUUUUAAGACAAAGGAUUGUAAUAGCAAGUCAAAGUUGGUUCUUUUCCCAUUGCUGCCAUUUUCUGGUGGGUGUGAUUUUGUGAUGUUCUCUCUCUCUAUAGCUUGAGACUUAAGACUAACACUACACUUUACCUGGAGGAUGUAAAAUUCUGCCAGGUGGUGUGAAGCACCAAGUUAAAGCCACAGUUUGGUUUUAGAGGAGAUACUUUCCUUCAUAGAAUUUUCUGUGUUUUAAAGAAGAAAUGCUCUUUGGACUGUUUGGGUUUUUUUUUUUUUCCCUUGUAUUUAUUAGUGUCUGUGUGCACUAAAAUCUGAUUUCAAUCAGUGCUUGCUGUAGCUGUCUCUGAUAACUGAGUAGAUUAGGGAUUUUGGUUUACAAGCAGUGUUACUGGUGAUACAAAAUAUCCAUAAUGAGAAAUAUCUCCUCCAUGAUCUGCAAUGUCUUACUCUGCGGACUGUGCUAGAAUAAUUAACAUUACAACAGGCUUGUUUUGGUUUAUUUUUAUUGCCUAGAGUCCUGCUGAAUUUUUUCCACAUCAAAAUGUCUAUAGUCUUUAAAUCUUCAUCUGUAAUUGGUAGCUUACAUAUAGUGUAAGAGCAACACUGUGCUGCUAAGUAUUUAUUAAGCAAUGCAGGACUGUGAAUGGACUUUUAUCUUGAGGUAAUUUCUCCUGUUAUUUUUCUCAGCCUGAAGGUAAGUUUUCCCAGCCUGAAGCUGGGUUUUGGUUGGUUUUUUUCUUACAGGUUUUUCCCCACCUAAGUAAUGUGUUACUGAUGUCCAUUCCUGGAGAUACAGAAAGGGAUCUAUAAAGUUAUCUCUUGGCCUUGGCAGUUUACCUGGCCAUAGUCUGUCACACAGUAGUUAAAUACUGGGAGGAAGUCACAGAAUGGUUAUAGGUUUAAGGCAGUUGCCUAAAAUGUUCCUUCCAAACAAGUUGUUGGCUAACAUGUAUGAUAGUGCUGUUAAUCCUUGCACCUCAUAAGGUGUUUUUGCUGUUUUAAAAUAGUUGAGAAGCAGAUUUGCGUGUGUGUGCGCUGUUUUCUGCUUCUGUGAGGUUAUUUUUUUAACAGCUUUAUCAGCUUCCUAUAUCCUAGCUUUCCUUAUCACUCCUAGGUCGUCUGCCCUCCCAGUCUAGGUGGGAGAGAUGCUUCCUUGCUGCAGUGACUGAGCAGACUGGUCUGCAGUCUUGACAUGCUCCUUUGAUGCCUGUGGUGUCAGAUGCUGGCUUUAAAUGUCUGUCUCUUAAUUAGACUGAUCCUAGAGAAUGCUGUUGGAGCUGGAUUAAAUGUCUGGUUCUUCAGGAGCUCUGUGUGUAUGGCUGGAUGCCUCUUACCCCUCGUGCUCUGUCAGCAAAGCCCUUUGCUUGUUUCCCAGCCUGCUUCUGAUGCAAUCAGCCAACCUUAUUUAAACCAGCUACUUAAAUUGCUUCCAUUAAUGUGGUUGAUUUUGGUUUAAGCAGAUUAGGGAUUGUUCAGGAGAGUGAUAGGAGCUCUGGUAGAAGUGCUGUUAGAUACAAUGCCUCAAAUUUCUUCUGUUGGCAAAAUGAACAUCUCUGUACAUCAUAACUGGUAGUAAAGCCUGUUGGAAAGAAGCAGUUGGCCUAGUAUAUCUGUCUGGGGAUUGUCUUCUCCAUUCUUCACCACAGUGCUUGGCAGCGGUGUUGGAGCCCACUUGGACACUCAGCUUUGGUGUUUUCCAGUGAACCUGUCAAGGUUAAGGCUCUGUAGCCAUUUCGAGGCUUUUUUGCAGUGCCUUGAGAAUCGGUGCAGAGGAUUUUGCAGGAUACGUGAGGACUUGUCCAGUGGCUGGACUGUGAGCUUCUGCUCUGAGGAUCUGUACUGGGCAUUGCUUAGAUUGGGAAUGUUAAUUUUUGUGUUUGAUGUUCAGCCCACAUUAAAAUCACAGUGCUACCAGUGUCCUUUGGUUCUGCAUAUGGGAAGGAAUUGUGCCUUACUGCCUGUACCCUGUGCUUGAAAAGAGCAGGGAAGGGUUACAGGUGAGUUCUACCUUUGCACCUUCCAACCUGAAAGAGCAGUGAGCAAUCUCAUGCAAUUCUCAGAGCUCAGCAAAGGAUGUUUUUUGUGCAAUGACUGUCGUGGUGAUUCUUGUUCAAAUUUGUGCAAUAAAAUACCAAGCUUUCUACAUGGAAGGGAAAUUCUUAGUGAAAUUUUCAAAGAUUCUAUAAAAUUGUAGCAAAUAAAGAUGCUGAUUGUGCCUUUAGAAUGGAACUAAUCUUUUUUUUAGUCUAUUGCUGUAAACAUAAGCAGCUCUCUGGAUAUUAAAUUUUAUGCUGGACAGAGCUGUAUGUCGCUUUUAAUGCCUAUAAGAAUUUAAGUGAUUUUUAAUUAUUAUUAAAGUGGGAUGAGAAUACAUUAAUGUUGUAUAUAUUUCCAGUGUUACAUUGAAUUUCUAUCUAACUAAUUUUUAAAUGCUUAAAUAUUUUUUUAUUAUUCUAAACCUGUGAUCUUUUUUUAAUACAUUAUGUUUUCCUGAUCUGAGGAACUUUAUACAAUAUUUUGUAAUCAUUUUUUAAAAUAAAGGUUUAGUAAAUAA